CGUCCACUACCCAUCCAUCCUCAUCCACAUCCACAGCCACAGCUCGCACGCAUCCGCCCACUGCGUCUGCACAGCGCAUCGACGCUCGCCUCAUCGCAUCUGGCGCACGUGUCACGCCCGCCAGCAUGCGGCCCACACGCGGCCACCGCGUGCAGCUCUCGCUCAGCGCCUCGAUCGACCUCGAUGUUGAGGGCGCCAGCGGCGGGCGCCUCGAUGAGGACUACGACGCCGGCUGGCGCAGCUCCGCCAUGCCCUGGAGCGCCGCCGGGCCGCCGUCGCUGGCGCCGCGUCUCGGCGUUGCCGACAGCGCCCGCGCCCAUCUCGGCUGGGCGCGGUCCGGCGCAGCGGAUGCGAACCGCUGGUCAGAGGCAUGGCGCAUCGCACGCAGGUCCUCCGACGUUCGCAACGGCAUCGCCAAGGGCAUGCUGCUCUCAUCCGCUCUCGUCGGCGUUAUCUUCUUCUUCGAGCUCGCCUUCUUCCCUUCGCAUCUCUUCCAGCGCGCCAAGGGCGAGGAUGCCACUGGCUUCGGACAUGUCUUCUUCCUCUAUCCGCUGCUCGGCCUCUGCUACUUCCUCGCAUCCAGCUGGACCGUCGAUGUCGCACAGGCGACGUACGCCCUGCGGCGCGAAGGGAUGGGCCACUUCCGCGGCAUGAGCAUUGUGACGCCGACACUGCCAGCCGGCACAUCGCGCCGCCUGCUGGAGGAAAGCUACCGCGUGUUUCUCGUGCUCAACUACUCGCUCAUCGCGUGGCUACUCUUGCUGGUCCCUUAUGUUGGACGGCCCUUUGCCUUCAUGUUCAUGUCGUUCAUCGACGGCUACUACUGCUUUGAGCAGGCGUGGAUCGCGCGGGGCUGGUCGCUGGAGCGUCGGAUGCGCUACGCCGAGAGUCGCUGGGCAUACUUCACGGCAUUCGGCUUGCCGUCCACGCUCGUGUCGUUCUUCCACCCAAGCCCGCUGCUGAACAUCAUGCUCUUCAUGCUAGUCUUCCCAUUCUGCACGGUGCUGGCCAUGCUCGCCUCGCCGCAGCCGCGCGUUGCCUCGACGAGCGCAGCCGCCAUGACGCCCACGUCCGCCGGCGGCGGUGCCGGCAUGUCUGGCGCUGCCGAGCUGUCUGCGCUGCUGCCGCCACGGCUGCCCAUCUUCUGGCUCACGAUCCAUGCGCACCGCCUGCUGCUGCGCUCGUUCCCGGCGCCGCAGGAGCGCGGCUUCGUCUCGCCAGCGCCGCCGCCGCGCUGGGCCAAUGCGCCGCCCUCGGUGCACGCCUAUCCCCUCGCCGGCGCCUCGGGCGCUCAGAGCUUCACUGCCGAAGCCCGUCCGCGGCGCAUGAACUUCACUGCCGGCGGCAAGCGCGACUAGACGCACACCGCUCACGCCGCGCCAAUUCACGAUAGACGAUGCCC